GAAGCCGGUUACAGAACACAGCACAGUUUACGUUUGCACACGCGAAAGGCCGCUUGUGUUUGUCAUUUCAUUAUUAUUGUGUGCACGGAGCGCUUCAUACCGAAGACAUUAUAAGUCUCAAGAUGGGGGUCUUUAAAGCCCUGAUUCUACUCCAGUUAGUGUACCUCAGUACGUGUAUGGAACAGUUGGACAUCAUCUAUGAAUGGAAUCAACUAGAUUUCGAGUUUCCCUCGCCUGAGGCUCGUCAGCAGGCCAUAGACAACGGCAGCUUCAUCCCGGAGAACAACAUACCAAUGGGCCUGGAGGUGUUCGCAGAUCGGCUGUUUAUAACAGUCCCACGGUGGAGGAAUGGAGUGCCCGCCAGUUUGACAUAUGUCAAUCUGAAAGACAACUCGACGAAGUCACCUAAACUGAUCCCGUAUCCGAAUUGGGAGGCUCACAACAUCGUCGAUGGUAAACCUGAGAUCGUCUCUCCGUUCAGGGUGAGAGCUGACAGAUGCGGUCGUCUUUGGGUUUUGGACAAUGGGAAGAUUGGCAGCCUCGAAGCUAACGUCACCAAGUUCACACCAUUUAUAUCUAUUUACGACCUGAAGACGGACAAUCUCUUGAGGAAGUACGUGUUCCCCGAGGACCAAGUGAAGGAAGAUUCAGGGUUCGCGAACAUUGCCGUGGAGGAUAUAGACUGUGAUAGAACUUAUGCUUACGCCGGUGACGUCGGGAAGGCCGGGGUCGUGGUGUACUCGUGGGAGAAGAACGACUCCUGGAGGAUCACCCAUCACUUCUUCAACCCCGACCCGCUGGCCUGUGACUUCAGCGUGAAGGGCUACAACUUCAGCUGGACAGACGCCAUCUUCGGCAUCGGCAUAUCGGCGCCAAACGCUGACAACUUCAGCACGAUAUACUUCCACCCGAUGGCCAGCAACAACGAGUUCGCCGUCUCCACUGAGUACUUGAGAAACAAGACGGUCGCCGAACAGAACUUCGACGCCUUCAAAGUCCUCGGCAGCAGAGGACCGAAUGCGCAGUCCAGCGCCUCGUUCGUGGACCCGAAGACCGGGGUGUUGUUCUAUUCGCUGGUAAAUCUGAACGCCGUAGCGUGCUGGAGAACCACCAACAAGGAAUACCUGAUGAAGAAUCAGGGAAGAAUAUACAUGGAUGAUGUUAAAAUGAUCUAUCCCACGGACAUCAAGGUGGACUACGACGAGAACCUCUGGGUCCUGUCGAAUCGCAUGCCAAUAUGGAUGUACGCUAAGCUGGACAGUAACGACACCAACUUCAGGGUGUUCUCCGCUCCGGUCCUCAAAGCGAUCAGUCACACAGCCUGUGACGUCACCGCCAGAUCAGACAUCCUCGACAAGUUCGUUAAUAAAGUCAAAAACGUCACCAAAAACAUAUCGUCCAAGUUGAAUCCCAACUCCGCGCCGAUCCUCUCGUCCUCUUCAUUGACAUCCCUCGUAGUUCUGACCGUCUUGAGUUUGUUUGUGUGACUCGUUGCCUGCGUCUAGUGUACAAAUGAAGGAUUCAGUUACAUAGAAAUAUUCACAACAUUUGAGAUGCAAGUUAUAAUUUUAUAGCUUUUCAAAACAUAUUUUUAACGAAGCUUUGUUUUUGUAUUACAAAACGGAAGCGAUCUAUAGGGUGGAGCUCAUUUAAGGCUCGUCUACACCAACAUUAUAAAGUCCCAUGUACACUAUUAAGCGUUACCUUAAUUUAUUGUGAUUGUACAUAAUCCUGUAUUUUACGUGUGUACUUACUCGAUUGUGCCUUAUUCAAGUGAUACUAAGUUAUUAGGAGUAAGUCUGUCUGUCUGUCAGGUUAACAUUCCGUGUGUAAAUAAUUAUUACUAGAUUAAAAUAAAAUAUAAAAGUUG